AUGAGCACGGCGGCAAAGUUGGGUGCCGGGCAAUUUGGCGACACGACAUACACGAAGGUGUUUGUUGGAGGUUUGGCUUGGGAAACCCACAAGGACACUAUGAAGAAGUACUUUGAGCAGUUCGGCGACAUCUUGGAGGCUGUUGUCAUCACUGAUAAGGCCACCGGCAGAUCCAAGGGCUACGGAUUUGUGACUUUUCGGGAGCCCGAAGGAGCAGCGAGAGCCUGUGUCGAUGCUGCUCCAGUGAUCGAUGGCAGAAGGGCUAAUUGUAAUUUGGCUUCUCUAGGUGUUCAGAGAUCCAAACCCUCCACUCCAAAGCAUCCUGCUCCCGGGCCAGUGAAGGGCUUUAAGGUAAUAAGCCCUUUUCUCCAGACAGGGCGUGGUGGUGGUGGAGAAGCUUUACCAGCAGCAGCUUUUCCUCAUUAUGUCCAGCAAGCGUUACCUUAUAAUGUUUAUGGGUACUCCACGUAUCCCCACGACUACACUUAUCCAACGAGCUACGCAUACGGAGGGUCACAGUUCCCGGUGUAUGGGAGUGGGGUGGAAGGAGGAGGAUCGGGAGGAGGAGGAAUGUUGAGCAAUGGAGCGGCCUUUUACCCACUUGUCCAGUUUGGUACUGCCGCCUAUGCAGCAGCUAUGGCGCAAAGCUACAGCUUCCAGUACCCUCACCAUCACCACCAACUUUUCCAGUAUUCCUCCAUUAAUAAUAUUUCAGCUGCUGCAGGGCCAGGCUAUCCUCCUCAGCAUUACGGAAACCCCAUCUCGUCUCGGGCAACCCCAACAGCCCUGCAUUCAGGUUUGACAUGCAUCUAUAUUUCCAAUUCUGGGCCGAUAAAUAAUUAUUAA